CAAAGCUAAAGAAUCCUCUCUCUCUCUCUCUCUCUUUCCUCUUUCUAUGUCUUCAUCAUGAAUUAUAUAUUUAUGUAUAUAUAACCCAAACAACAUAACAAGAGCUGUGGAAACCCUGAAAGUCCAAAACCAAAAGCAAAUCUUUGAGACCUCAAAUAUUAGGUUUUCUCUCCUACUCCCUUAAUUUUCUCAGUAUCUUUGUUUCGUGUUCUUUCUCCAUGUCGGAUCAUGAAUUUAGAGACUUUUACUACCAGGCUGCAUUCCAUAAUGAUCAGCAAGGUGUUGGUGAAACUGGCAUGUAUAGGGUUUCAUCAUCACUUCAGGAUCCUUCAUACAUGAGCUUCACGGAUUGUUUACACAGUUCCAUGGACUAUGGUUCACUUGAAAAAGCCUUUGGUUUGUCACCUUCAUCCUCUGAAGUGUUUUCUUCAGUCGAAGGCAAUCAGACGAAGCAGGUUGGUGCAGGGGAUUUAGGAGGAAAUACUAGUGAAGUUAUGACGACUCCUAAUUCAUCUGUUUCUUCUUCCUCAAGCGAGGCCGGUUGUGAAGAGGAUUCAGAUAAGAGUAAGAAAGAUAGGCAGCCAAAAGGGUCAGAAGAUGGAGGAGAAAGCUCCAAGAAAGGGAACAAAGCAAAAAAGAAAGGAGAGAAAAAGCAAAGAGAACCACGAUUUGCUUUCAUGACAAAAAGUGAAGUUGAUCAUCUAGAAGAUGGGUAUAGAUGGAGAAAAUAUGGACAAAAAGCUGUGAAGAACAGCCCUUAUCCAAGAAGCUACUACAGAUGCACUACUCAGAAGUGUACAGUCAAGAAAAGAGUUGAGAGGUCAUUCCAGGAUCCGUCAGUUGUGAUCACAACAUAUGAAGGCCAACACAACCACCCACUUCCGACAACACUGAGAGGAAGCGCAGCAGGGCUAUUCCCACCUUCCAUGUUAACGCCCUCGCCACUGGCGGGGCCAAGCUUCCCACAUGAAUUGUUUAUGCAGAUGCCUCAUCACAUGAAUAACCAAGCUGGUUCAGCAGGUUCAAUGUUUGCGGAAAGCUUUAGCCCUUUUCAGCAGUACCACCAUCAGGUUCCUGACUAUGGACUUCUUCAAGACAUAGUUCCUUCCAGGUUCCUUAAGCAUGAACCAUGAGUCUCUUUCUACAUCUCUUUUACUUCUUGUAUAUAUAUAUAUAUAUAUAUAUAAAUAUAUAUUUAACUGCUUUUAUUAUUAGUUUCAUCUAACUUCUUUCGAGCCUAAGAAUUAUUCUUCAAUUACUGGUCUGAGAAAGACCUAACAUCAAGGAUUAGAUGGGAGUGGAAAUGUUUUUAUUUGCACUUGAAACUUGGUUGAGUUGCCGCAUUUAGUGGGAAAUGUUUCUUUGAUAAGAGAUGUGAGGGUCGUUGUAGUUGUUUUCGAAGGAAAAACCUAGUUUUAAGAGGAUUCCAGGCUUGUAAUACUAGAUAAAGUCGCAUUUAUGUUUGUAUAUCAUCAUCCUUGAUGGAACUAUUAAUGGAGAAUGCGAGAAUUUAUUUCCUUUAUCA